AUGUCAAGAAAUUCAAGAAAACUAUGGCCCCGGGCUGUUGCAGCAACGGUAGUUGUUGGAUUGGUAAUAGGUGCUUGGGCCUUCAAGACAAUUAAUCUUGGGCUUUUCGAAGAACCUGCAAAGACAUCCAAAGCCAGCAAGAACAAUACUCAAUCUGUGUCACUGGUUCUCACGCAAAAAGAUCUUGAUUCUUUUAGUGCAGCUUACCUGAAUGAUUAUCCAAGUUUGAUAGUCAUUCUUCAUCCUUCGGUUGAUAAAUCAGAUUUCCUAUCUCGUUUCAAUGUGCAGAAACAUACACACAAAGUCAUUGAAGUUAGGUCGGAAGAAAGUAUUUUUCACGUUUUGAAACAGCUGAGCUCAAAAAUCAACCUUAUAACAAUGAGUAAUCUGGAAAUGUCUGCAAAUGAAGUUGAAGCGUUCCAUUUGAAUAAGUUUUUGGUUAACAUUGACGAGGUGGAUCAUAUAAAUAAAUAUGUAUAG